GUCCUGGACAACGGCCUGGAUGUCUGCCUGCAAAACGCCGCGGCGCCGAUCACGCUGCCCGACGGGCAAGGAGCUGGACGCCUGGGCCGAGACCAUGUCGCGCAGCCUCGGGGCGCAGGGGCACCCCGGGCACGACGGGGCGCCCGCCGUGGAGCCGUGGCGGCCGUGGGGCGCGCAGGGCGGCCAGGAGGGCGCCGGGCCGUCCACGGAAGCCCCUUGCGUGCACAAGGGCCUCCUCGAGGUGGGUGCGCCCGGCGCCAGGA